AUGGCUGGCGCGGGUGGGACGCCGCCGCCGCCGCUGAGGCUCAAGGACCUCCUGGAGCUGGACUGCGACUCGUGCAGCGCCGCGGGGUUCCGCUGCUACCCGCGCCGUCUGGGCGAGUCGUCGCCCUCCCUGCGCCUGCGGCGCCGCCGCCCGAGCAAGCUGUCCCACUUCUCCAGGAGCCUCUCGCGGCGGUUCAGCAGGCGUGGCGGCUUCUGGAGUAGGCGCCGCGACGAGGAGGAGGACGAGGACGCCGCGGCGGCGAAGAUGGCCGCGUCCGCCGGCUGCGGCGGCUCUAGUAGCUCCGAGGAGCUGGAGACGUCGUCGGAGUCCAGCGACAACUACUCGUCCGGGAGGACGAGUAGGGGGCGCGGUCCGAGUCCGACUCCUCGGACUUCUCGUCGGCCACCGAGGACAGCGUGCACCAUCAUCCUUCGCAGGCCGCCGCCGGAGACGAGCACGAGUGAGAAUUUUGCCUUGCAAUGCUGCUUACCCUCAUGGCCUGUCCUGACCUGGAGGUCGUGGACUAGUAAGGUGGUGGCGAUGGAGAGGGUGGUGUCCAAGGAGGGGUCCAGCUCGGGGUCGGAGGCGGACGACAAGGAGCAGCUCAGCCCCGUGGCCGUCAUGGACUUCCCCUUCGACGACGACGACGAGUUGACGGACGCCGGCCUCGUGUGCUCCCUGCCUUCUUUCAGCCUCGCACGUCUCCAGAGGAGAAAGACGCACAAGAUCCGACGGUUCGGGAGCCGCGACGAGCUGGCCCCCCUGGAUCUCGAGGCGCGCCUCGCCACCACGUCAGACCCCGACGGCCCCGCCGCCGACGUCCCACCGCAGCAGCAGAUGAUCCAUUGCCGUACAGGAGACGCGGCAACGCCGACGUGCGCAGGCAGCGUCGUCCACGACGUGCCAGACGAGGUCGACGACCUUAUUUCGCUGCUCAUGGGCACGCCGGUAUCGGCCGACUUGGACGACGUGUCCGAACGGCUUCUGCUCGACUUCUUCGUGGAGAUGAAACGCCGGCGCUCGGAGGCGCACGACGCCGAGGCCGAGCUCCUCCUCGCUGGGCCGGCGGCGGCCGGUGGCGUGCUGCGACGGAAGGCUGAGCGGGUCGUAGACGGCGAGGCUGCUGUGGCCGCAGCGGCCAGGGGCUGGUUGGAGGGCAUGGGAACCGAGCGAUGGGGCUUGGCGGACGUGCUCAGCGGCGGGGCGGCCAUCGUGGCGGAGAUGGAGCAGGGCCGGCGGUGGAUGCAGGUCGGCGAGGAGGAGCGGGAGGUCGGCGCUGUGGUGGCGGGGAUGCUGGUGGAUCAACUGGUGGGCGAGGUGGUGAGGUGUUUGUUUGUGUAG